AGAAAUUAAAGAAAACAAGUAGUGAUUUAUUUACCAAAAAAGAAAGAAAGAGAGUAAAUUAAUAAGAUCGAUCGAUGGGGAGAGGAAGAGUGGAACUGAAGAGGAUAGAGAACAAGAUAAACAGGCAAGUGACAUUUGCGAAGAGGAGAAAUGGGCUUCUCAAGAAAGCUUAUGAGCUUUCUGUUCUCUGUGACGCCGAGGUUGCUCUUAUCAUCUUCUCCAACCGUGGCAAGCUCUAUGAGUUCUGUAGCAGUCCUAGUAUGGUCAAGACACUCGAAAGGUACCAAAAAUGCAGUUAUGGAGCGAUGGAAGUCAGCAAACCGGGCAAAGAACUUGAGCAGAGCAGCUACAGGGAGUACUUGAAACUGAAAGGCAGAUUUGAGUCCUUACAACGAACUCAGAGAAAUCUUCUUGGAGAAGAGUUGGGUCCUUUAAACACAAAGGAGCUUGAACAGAUUGAGCGUCAACUUGAGACGUCCCUCAAGCAAGUGAGGUCAACUAAGACCCAAUACAUGCUCGACCAGCUUACUGAUCUACAAAGCAAGGAACACAUGUUAAUAGAAUCAAACAGGGCUUUGACAUUAAAGCUCGACGAGAUCAGCUCAAGGAAUAACUUCCGAUCGCAAUCAUGGGAAGUCGGUGAUCAUGAUCAGCAAGCUAUGCCGUACGGUCACAAUCAUGCUCAUUCCCAGGGGCUGAUAUUCCAUCCUCUGGACUGCAACCCUACUUUGCAAAUAGGGUAUAAUGCUGCAGUUUCGGAGCAAAUUACCAGCACAAGCCAAGCUCAACAAGUCAAUGGCUUCAUUCCUGGGUGGAUGCUUUGAAUUAGCUAGCCGUCUAGUCCCUUAUGCUUAAUCAAUCAUUGAGCAUAUAUAACCAAGCAGUAUAUGCUUUUUGUGUGUUGACUCUCUAUCUAUAGCUAUUUUGGAAGUGGUUUUCAUGAACAAUAUGUAACUUUUGUAUGUUGACAUAAGAUCAGCAGAGACUGAGUUUCAGAUGACCAUGAAACGACAUGCUAAUGCUUCAAGACAUAUUUAUAAUUAACUCUUUUGGAACUUAUUUUUUGGCUUGAUUAUUAACU